UCCACUGCGUGACGCUGCCGCCCCUUUGUUGCCUCAGCGAUUGGCACUGCGCGGUGUCUUUCUGAUACCGGAACCGGGGGGAGGGGGGGCUACCGGCAGCUGGAUUUUGAUAACAACGGGAGUACCAAAGACCGUGGGUGCGGAGGAGGAGCGGUCACUUAAUUUUCAGGAGCGCGCACUGGCGGGGACGCGCAUAGGGGAGGGGCAAUCACUGAGGGGCCUGAGGCCUUUCUGCCCCGUACUUACCGGGAACCUCCUGGUUAAACUAAGGCUCUAGGAACACGACCUUUUUCACUGAUCGCAAAAGAGCGGGUUCAAAAACUCAUUAUCAGUAAGAUCAGAUAGCAAGGUUCCAUGUAAACCAUAUCCAGUACUUUACAGAGAGAAAAUACUCAUGUGUACUUUGUAGAACAGCAGUGUUUUAUAUCCAACCUAUGUAAAGGGCCCUACAGAGCAAAACACAACUGCACCACAUAUAGCUAAGACUUGUUUUCACGCUAAAACAGAUCUAUAUUUCCCCCACACACAUGUAUGUAGGUUAUACAGUCACGCAUACCAGUCAAUGCACUUAAUUACUUGGUGUCUGGUAACUUGUUUUUAUAAGAUCAUCAGAUUCCUUUACAUAAGUUCAAGUGUAACAAUUGGAACAUUUCAUGCAGUAUAUUGGGCUAGGUGUAGAUUUUGAUGAUCCAUCUAAAUAUGACACAUAUUUAUAGGAGUUGCAGUGGUUAAAGUCAAUCAGAUGUUUAGCAAGCACGGCUUCCUGGACAUCACAUAACACUUAAAUCUUCACACUUAUAUAUAGAUCUAUCUAUCUUGGUCCAUAAUUUGGGACAAUCUGUCAAAGACGUAGUCAUUGUGAUUUUUGUAAUGGUAGUUUCAGUUAAAAAGGGAGAAAGUGACCUUUAACACACACAAAAAGUUAAAUACAACACAAUCUGUGAGAGAAGCAGGACAGAUUUUAGCACAAGUAAGUCAUAUACGUUGUGGAGGUGGGUUGUCAGAAAGUUUGAAGACAUUUGAGCCCAAUUGUGUUCCUGAUACUCCUUUUUUGACCACCUGUUUUAAUAUUUGCAUCAUCUUGUUGGAACUGAGAUUUGAGUAACUUUCUACCCUAGUUGGUAUUAGGAAUUUGUUAGUGGGUUUUUUUUAUUAUUAAAACAAACUCUUACUUUCCUCCUCCAACUGAGAACAUGGACUCAGACGAAGGUUACAACUAUGAGUUUGAUGAAGAUGAGGAGUGCAGUGAGGAUAGCGCUGCAGACGACCAUGAUGAUGAGUUGGACUUGGGAGAAGUGGAGCUGGUGGAGGCUGGUAUUGGUGGAUCAGAAAGGUCUGGUCUGUGUGGGGAAGGAGGUGGAAGUGCUCUAGGUCCAGGUCCAAGUGGAGAGGAAGAUGAGGAUUACCGAUAUGAGGUACUCACUGCUGAGCAAAUUCUUCAGCACAUGGUGGAGUGUAUCCGAGAAGUCAAUGAAGUUAUCCAGAAUCCAGCAACUAUUACCAGAAUACUUCUCAGCCAUUUCAACUGGGACAAGGAGAAAUUGAUGGAGAGGUAUUUUGAUGGGAAUCUGGAAAAACUAUUCUCAGAAUGUCACGUUAUAAACCCUAGCAAGAAGUCACGGACACGCCAAAUGAACACUCGCUCAUCUGCUCAAGAUAUGCCCUGCCAGAUCUGCUACUUGAACUAUCCUAACUCUUAUUUCACAGGCCUUGAGUGUGGACAUAAGUUCUGCAUGCAGUGCUGGAGCGAAUAUCUGACCACCAAAAUUAUAGAGGAAGGCAUGGGGCAGACCAUAUCCUGCCCAGCCCAUGGUUGUGACAUCUUAGUUGACGAUAACACAGUAAUGCGGCUGAUCACAGAUUCAAAAGUGAAGUUAAAGUAUCAGCAUUUAAUAACAAAUAGCUUUGUAGAGUGUAACAGACUUUUGAAAUGGUGUCCUGCUCCAGACUGCCACCACGUGGUAAAAGUUCAGUAUCCAGAUGCCAAGCCAGUGCGUUGUAAAUGUGGUCGUCAGUUCUGUUUUAACUGUGGAGAAAAUUGGCAUGAUCCUGUAAAAUGUAAGUGGUUAAAGAAGUGGAUUAAGAAAUGUGAUGAUGACAGUGAGACUUCAAACUGGAUAGCAGCUAAUACAAAGGAAUGUCCAAAAUGUCACGUGACUAUAGAGAAGGAUGGUGGCUGCAACCACAUGGUGUGCCGAAAUCAGAACUGCAAGGCAGAGUUUUGCUGGGUUUGCUUGGGCCCCUGGGAACCCCAUGGCUCUGCCUGGUACAACUGUAAUCGCUACAAUGAGGAUGAUGCAAAAGCUGCCCGUGAUGCACAAGAGACACAGCGAUCCAGAGCGGCCUUACAGAGGUACCUAUUCUACUGCAACCGCUACAUGAAUCAUAUGCAGAGCCUGCGAUUCGAGCACAAGCUUUACGCCCAGGUCAAGCAGAAAAUGGAAGAGAUGCAGCAGCACAACAUGUCUUGGAUUGAAGUGCAGUUUCUGAAGAAGGCAGUAGAUGUGCUCUGCCAGUGUCGCUCCACACUAAUGUACACCUAUGUCUUCGCAUUCUACCUCAAAAAGAAUAACCAGUCCAUAAUUUUUGAGAAUAACCAAGCAGAUUUAGAGAAUGCAACAGAGGUUUUGUCUGGAUAUCUGGAAAGGGACAUUUCCCAGGAUUCACUGCAAGAUAUCAAGCAAAAAGUGCAAGACAAGUACAGAUACUGCGAGAGCAGGAGGCGGGUUCUGCUGCUUCAUGUGCACGAAGGUUAUGAGAAGGACUUGUGGGAAUAUAUUGAGGACUGAGCCCACGUUGUGGCACUAUCUGACACUAGAUUUCAAUAUCCCAUUAAAUGCAGCUCUACCCACCAAGGCCGCCUCCCCAUACAUUCAGCCAUCUUUCUUCCCUCUUUCUGUCAAAUCUCUUCUGCUCUGCCAGGGCUUUUUUUUCCCCUUCCUUUUUUUUUGUUAAAGUUUAAGUAAAUUAUAUUGUUCUAAUAAAAGGAGAGCAGUUAGAGGACAUUGUUUGACAGUAUUGUAGGCAGAUAGUGUACAGCAAGGCAUUGCUUAUUGCAUUGACAAUUUUACAAUGCGUUGCUGACUUCUUUGACUUGCCAGGGAGUUUAUUCAAGUGCAGCCCCUCUGCUACUUGAAAAAACGUUUUCUCAAAACUUCUGCUUUUAUAUCUUAUUCUGGUAUACCCGUCCCUAUGAAAUGGAGAUUUUUUUUUUUACCUUACUAGAUCAUCAACUGCGUCUCUUAAGCACAUUUUCAGUGGCCUGCUCAUGCUUUUUGUUUGGUUCAUUUUAUUUUCUUUUUAUUUAUUUAAAAAACUUCACUUUCUUCCCUUUUCAUGAAAUGUUUAACCCUGCUUCCACUUCAUAGUUUCUGGCCGUUUAUUUUACUGUUAAACUACCCUCCAACAACUCCCCUAGCAUUUCUUUUAACCUUGGUUGGCGUUGAUCAGCUUUCAAAAGAUGGAACUAAGAAAUACUGAUGGAAGAAAACAGAAGACAAAAAAAGUUGACAAAAUAGCUUUGUACAUGACUUUUAAAAACAAAACAAUUAAAAUGAACAGAAGACAGCAGUAUUUUUCAAACUUGUAAAUAGUGCAUCUGCAUGAGCAGGGAGGAGGCGGGAAGCACGGUGUUUGCAUCAUGUUUAAGUACAAAACAGAAAAAAAAUAUUUAUUCUUUCUUGAA